AUGUUUGUGGGCACGCUAGCCGAAAUCACUCUUGAAUGGUUCAACACUAUUCCGAGCUCCUCAAUCAACUCGUUUGCCGAAUUCAAACGUGUUUUCCUGGAAAGAUUUUCGGCUAAUAGGGCCAAACCAGUGGAGAUGGCAGACAUGUUUGACAUACGACAGUAUGCUGAAGAAUCAUUGAAACAGUUUCUCAAUCGCUUCACCAAUAUUAGCAUGAGAGUAGUCGAUCUUAACGAGGGCUUACUUGUAAAAGCCUUUGUGAAGGGGCUCCGAGCCAGUUCCUUCAGUGAAUCCUUGUAUCGGAUCCCUCCAAAGACCUUAAUGGAGAUAAGGCAAAGAGCAGCGGUGGAGAUAGAGACUGAAGAGGCCAUGCGUCAUAAAAAAGUAGGAGAUAAGAGAACAUUGACCCAUACCAAGAGGAGAACACUCAGAAACAGACCGAACGCUUGGUGUAAUAUUCAUCAGGUUGGAGGUCAUGACACAAAUUCGUGUUACGCUUUAAAUAACCAACUCUCCGUGUUGGCAAAUAGGGGACUCAUGGGGAAAUAUAUAAAAGCUAAUACAAAUGUGGAACCAUCUAGAACUCAUCCGGUCUCCGAUUUGCAUGAAACACCUGUCCUGGGGGAUUUCAACACGACAGUAGGAGGUUUCGCGGGAGGAGGACAUACCAGCUCAGCUAGGAAAAGAUAUGUAAGGAGUGUCAUGACCACGGCCAAAAACGAAAGGCCGAAGAAAGUUUCGAACAUUGUGUUUUCAAGUGAAGAUCUAAAAGGAGUAGUUCCACACGAAGAUGAUCCUAUAGUAUUAUCUGUUAUCAUGAUGGGAAGGAAUGUUCAUAGAGUGUUGGUUGAUCAAGGGAGUUCGGUAGAUGUGAUGUUCUGGAACACCUAUGUAGGGCUACAAAUACCGACAGACCAAUUAAGGCCUUUUGAUGGAGUACUUGCUGGUUUCUCGGGAGAUCAGGUGGAAGUUAAAGGGUAUGUCGAUCUUCGAACGACUUUUAGAGACAAAGAAGAUGCCAAAACUAUAUUUAUAUGUUAUAUAGUUGUCAAUGCACCUUCAUCAUACAACUUGCUGCUAGGAAGGCCUUCUAUCAAUAAAUUGGGAGCCGUGAUAUCGAUGGUUCAUUUGAAAAUGAAGUUUCCUACCGAUGAUGGGAAAGUGCUCACUUUAUCGGUAAAUCAAGAAGUGGCUCGCAAAUGUUAUGAAGACAGCCUAAGGUCAAGAAGAAAAGUUGCGUAUUCAGUCAGCACAACGGAGGUAGUCAUAGAUCCCGAGUUAGAUCCUAGACUAGUACAUUCUGAGAGAAUACCUCAGCCCGUGGGAGAGAUAAAAGAAAUAUUCAUAGAGGGCAAGAAAUUAAGGAUUGAAGGGGAUUUGAGUUUGUAA